GAAAUGGAUAGCGUCGAUUUAGUCAACAGAGAUCCAAACAACCUUAAUGAUCAUAUAAAGGUCCAAUUUGAAGAUGUGCUGGCCGAACCAGAGGGAGCCCGCAGUAUUGACUGCGUGUGGAAGCUCUCAUACACCUGUUUCAACCUCUGGCUCGGAAUUUGCUACAAACUCAUGACCCUCUGCUACGGAAUCUGUAUCGCCGCUGAGUGGGGAUGUGAAUUUGCCGCUAUUGCUUUCUAUCAUAUCUGGUACAUCACGCCAGUGUUGAGAGUCUGCGAGAUCAACUGCGCUGUGUUUACAAAGAUCACGAAGACCUGCUUGAGCUGUUGUAUAGAGCCAUGCUGUGAAGCAUGUGGUGCUAUCUUUAUUCACUUUAAGAAAUAG